GUAACAGGGAGUUGAACUUUGAACUUUCGGUCCAAUUUAUGAAGAUUGCGCGCGUUAGUUUCGCUCGGCGCAUCACAGCUACAAAACCGCCGGCGGCGAUUGAACCCUGCAGCACUGUGGUGCACAUACUCACCAGGGCAUUCUUUGCUCUGACAGGUUUAGAGAGUUCCAAAUUUGAUCCCAAAAUGGCGCUUACUUUUGAGGUACUGGGGAGAUUCAAUCGUGCUCGUGCCGCUAAACUGUCACUUCCUCACUGGGUGUGCCAGACUCCCCUAUUUAUGCCUGUAGGCACACAAGGGACAAUAAAAGGUUUAACAACAAGCCAACUUGAGGAAAUUGGUUGCCAAAUAAUACUCGGGAACACGUACCAUUUGGCACUUCGUCCAAGUUCGGAGCUUAUUGAUGAAUUAGGGGGUCUUCACAAAUUUAUGAAUUGGCAAAGAGCAUUGCUUACCGACUCUGGUGGCUUUCAGAUGGUGUCGUUGUUGCAUUUGGCUGACAUUACUGAAAAAGGAGUAACAUUUCAGUCACCUGUUGAUGGAAAACCAAUGCUUCUGACACCUGAAGAAUCAAUAGAAAUCCAAAAUAGAAUUGGAGCAGACAUCAUAAUGGCCCUCGAUGAUGUUGUGAAAACCACCAUCACUGGUCCUAGAAUUGAGGAGGCUAUGUAUCGCACUCUUCGUUGGAUAGACCGAUGUAUUGCUGCUCACAAGAGGCCCCAUGAGCAAAACCUAUUUGGGAUAGUACAAGGAGGAUUAGAUCCUGUGCUUAGGGAUAUAUGUGUUAGAGGCUUGGUUGAUCGCAAUUUACCUGGCUAUGCCAUAGGUGGUCUUUCAGGUGGUGAAGAUAAAGAUUCAUUCUGGCGUGUUGUUGCUCAGUGUACUGCUGUGUUGCCUGAGGAUAAACCACGCUAUGUUAUGGGUGUUGGAUAUCCCCUUGAUAUUGUAGUUUGCAGUGCCUUAGGGGCUGACAUGUAUGAUUGUGUUUAUCCUACACGAACUGCUCGGUUUGGCACAGCUCUUGUACCUGAGGGGGUGUUGAAAUUGAAACACAAAGCUAUGGCAGAGGAUGUUCGCCCUAUUGACCCUACAUGCGAGUGUAUGGUCUGCAAGAAUUAUACAAGAGCCUAUAUCCAUUGCCUAGUUACAAAAGAUGCUAUGGGAUCUGAGUUAUUGUCGUACCACAAUUUGUUUUAUAUGAUGAAGCUUAGCAGAGAUCUACACAUGUCAAUAAUCAAAGGAUGCUUUCCAGAGUUUGUAUGCGGGUUCCUCCAGAGAAUGUUCCCAAAAGGUGAUGUUCCAGAAUGGGUUUGCAAUGCCAUGGAGGUUGCUGGAAUUGACAUAUCUUCCUGCUGUGCCCCCUUCUCUUCAUCCCAAGAGUAAAUAGUUAUACACGUAUACUGAAAUGGAAAGAAUAGAUACAAAACAGAUUUAGCUAUUCCACAUUAUUGGAAGCUUUGAUCAUCUCGGAAGCGUCACGGUAAAGAAUUGUGAUAUAUAGAGAGCAACAAGCAGUUAUGUAGGCCCAAUCACUUCUUGAAGAGGAAUUG